UCUAACGUUUAGUUGAGAAGUUAAAGUUGUUUUAGAAAAACUGCCAUAAUUCCUAUCAAGCCACCCUUCAGGGCUUGAAAGGAAUUAUGGGGAACCUGCACUAGGGAAAUAAAAUAUUAUUUCUUGGCAAAAAUGGCAGUGACGCCCUGAAGAUAUCAAAAAGUAAUGUGUUUACGAUUUUACACGAACAUGUGGGCAGGCAUAAAUUGUUUCCGAAUUAGUGAUCGUGUUUAUAUUGUUAACGAAACCUGAGUUUAGAGCAUUUUAAGUUAAAGUUCUGCAACUAGAAAUAAAAAAUCCAAAACCGUUUCGUCCUUUAAUUAUAUGCAUGUUUUGGCGACUAUUUGUCGCUCCAUUAGUGGUGAAAGAAGGUAACAUAAAAUCUACUGUUUAAAAUUUAGAAAUCCGCAAUGCCUGUAUUAUGAUUGAAUAAGAAAUUUUAAAAACAAAAAAAAUAUUAACUACAAGCAAGGGAGACCUGAAAAAAUAUAUCCGAAGAAGAUCUACUGGAAAUCAUCAUAACUCACCAAAAAAGCUUUACGAUUUCGAGAAUAGUUAAAUUCAAAGCAGAUAUCUGAACAAAUGCAUAAACAAUCCUGUAAUCCUAUAAUUUUUAGGAAUGCGCCUAGCUUAGAAUUUUCAAUUCGUUGAUAGAAUAAUUUCUGAAGAUUUUUAAAAUCUAUAGAUAUUUGUAUAUAAUCGAUUUAUUUCAUCUAUAUAUAUAUAUAUCUUUUCAUAUGUAGUUGUCAAUACAUCAGCCUUUUUUAAAUUUUCUGAAUUAACACGCUGUUUUGAAACAGUUAUUUGUAAUCUAUAAAUUAACCAAAUAAUGACUUUCUCAUAAUAGUCCAAAGAAUUAGCUUUGCCAUAUUAUUUGUAUAACAUUCUGGCUUCAAGCCCAGAUAAAAGAGGUGAGAUUGAGGCUAUGUAACUCAGUAAAAUAAAAAUAAAAUUGUUGUAAUCAAGAAAAGUCUCAAACAAACAAUGUAUACACCAUUUUAUAUCCUACUGGCGACAAAAUCGUAAAACCGAUAGAAUGACCAAGUAAAUGCUUUAAAUGACAAUUCUAUUUAACGUGGCUUGGAAUUGUUAGUUCAUCCACCAAAGUCGAGGGUGUCUGACAGGUCCACCUCUGUCGAGAAGUGUAUAAGUGUGCUUGGCGUCUGGAUGUAAGUUAAUUAGGCUAAAUCAUGAAAGCAAAACCGUCGAUAGUUUCGAAGCUGCAGACAUUUCGGUUUUGUGCCGUGGAUCAAUUUGCUAUCCCUAUAAGCGAUCUGUUGUCAUGGUCUGCGCCAUUGUUUUAUCUAGAUAUUUCACUCAUACAUUUUCCGGGGUGGAUCAUCUUAAGAUCAUUGUCGUGCACUGUAAGAGUUUUGAUCUUAUAUUGAGACAUUUCGAGCGAAAUUUUUGUAGCUUGAAAUAAUGAAUGUUAGAAAUAUCGUCUGUAAAUUUUGGAGUAUAUCUUAGACAAGCGCAUUCGCGAAAUUACCCUCAACUAAGCCGGUUUGCCAAGAACUAGAAUAAUAAUAAUAUGAAAAAAUACACUUGGAAAAGUAUCAUCCUCUACACGUUUCCUUGUUUAACCUAGAGAAUGUGUUUGAACACGUGUAGCAGAAGCUCAUCUAAUAUGCACUCCAUCAACAUCUAGUGUCAUUUGCUGAGUUAACAACUCUACCGCUAUCAAAAGAGCAGAAUUCGAAAUAUGGCAGAUCUAUUGAAAUGAUGUUAGUACUUUUUCUUCCAUUCUCGUAGGUCUUGAAAGCUGGAACGUAACGUCCUCCCUCCCUCAAUACAGAUGAGGUAGGAUAAGGACUGAAAGAGAAUAAGAUCAGCGAAUCGGAAUCGGUUGCACCCUUGCCAAUAAAAGAAUAACCUUUUCAUUUCAUUUAAAAUACAAAUAAUUGAAUAUCUGUAUUAAUUACCUGAUCUAAAUUUUAAACGUAGUUAAUUUACAUAAAAUACUAUGUACGCAAAUAAAAUAUCAUCACGUGUAUAUCAAAGUCUUCUCUCAAAAUAAAUCUCUGGUAUCAGAUUCAGAAUUUAAUUAUAUUCCUUGGAACUAUUCCGUAAACAAGAAAAGUUUAUUUAGAGACACAGAUGGCAAUAUCUAGUUUAUAAAAAUAAUCCAUUUCCAUUUUUACUUGGACGAAUACUAGUGCUCGAAUUCAAUGAUGAAUUCUUGUGAUUUUUUGAUACAGUGCCAAAAAUACCAAAGUAAAAUGUUAAAACGAGACUUUUGUAUGCACAUCCACUUAUUCAUAUCAAUCAUGAUCAUUCUCGAAAAUAUCUAGCAACCUUUAUAUUGUUUGACUUUGAAAAUCACGGAAUUAUUGAGGAAAUUAUCGAAGUAAUAUAAAUUAUUUUACAAGACGGUUUGGGUAAUAAUCAGCUACAAAAGAAAGGUCACGUUUUCAAUUUAAAUGAGAUUUGAUUGGAUAGAUUUUAUCAAUCAUGAUAUUUUAUCAAAAUGAAGUAUAAUUCUUAAAAGUUUAUUUCUGUUAGUUGCAUUCAAAUGGGUUGUGAAAGAGUCACGUUUUUAAAACAAAUAGCUUAAUUAUGGUCGUAGAGAGAGAAUUCGCAUUUGAGAUGGACUCUCCGGAAAAUUGGGGUGAAAAUUAUGCAGGCCUCCGCUAGCCCUUUUUAUGAAAGAUAUGUCUAUUACGAUUCCCUGAGGAAACUCCGGGCCCAGGAGAAUUAUCCUUAUUUCAUCUUAUUUCAAAGGCGAAACAGAAGUUCAUCGUUAUAGCUAUGAAAGGUUUUGUGGAUUCUCCUUUCAGAAUAUUUGUGUGCAUGAUAUUUCCAUUUGUACAUAGCUGGAAAUGUAUAUCCACUGAGCAUAUCUGCAUAUGCACUUUAGUCUCAUACGAUAUUUUGCAUUAGAUGGAGUAAUUUCAUGCUUAAGAGGCGAGAUUGGUAUUAUAAAAUUGUUAGUAACUCUAUGAUUUCAACCAAACUUUUCAGCAUAACGCUAUAUAUUAUAUUAUAUUAUUCACUACUGCAAAAUUUAAUAAUUUUAGAAUGAACUUAAAAAGAGAGAAGCUUCCACUAUAUUGGCAAAAUAUAUUAUUUCGGCAAAUUUCGGAACGGAGGGUAUUUUGACGCCUAGAUUUUUUCAAAUAGUUUCUGAGACUGGGUCCAUGAAAUAUGUAAGUGGCUAUUUUUAACCCCUACACUCUCCCCUUCCCCCAUACACCCAAAUUUUCAACUACUCCAUCUGCUUGAAAUCAUGAUGGCAAUUUGACCAUCAAUGCAGGAGUAACGGAAAACAAGUCGGCAACUGAAAUGUUCUACAAGCGACCGAGAAUUCCUAAAAAAUUUUUGCUGGAAAUACGGCAAACACGUAUUGUUUAAAAAAUAAAUGUUAUUUUGUAAUCUUGAGAGUAGUAAAUGGCUAAACAAAAUCAGAAAAGGAAGAGUAGUUUUAUAUUUUUGACGGAAUAUUAAUUUUAUUCAGCUUUAUGGAGAGAGGAGCAGCUCGGGGAGAGAGAGACGUUGAUUUUAUCUAUACUGUUAUUCUCUACCAGAGAUCAACACAAUUACUGAUACUGCGGCGGAGAUACAUUUACCAUAUAAAGUUUAUUGACAUAUACGAUUUAAAAGCUACGCACUUUUAAGUAAAAACCAUCGAUAGCGAACCUGAUAAUCAAUUUAUUUUUCAUUGGAAAUGGGGCUGCGAUAAUAUAUGUGGCCUUUGUCUUUACAAUUAACUACACUACUGAAUUAAAAGAGGCUAUUUUUGUGCAUACCCUAUACGUCUUUCAUGGUUUAUUCAGUUCGGGAAAAAAUGGAGAGAAUUGAAAGGGAUACAUUCGACUAGUCUCUUAAAUAGGGGUGCGCUGCGAUUCAACAACACACAUAGAGGAACUCUCUCCAGGGAACACUGUCGAAAAGAUAUUUAGGACCGCUGAUAGUUCUGUAAACUAACAAUUCCCUUCUUCCUCUUCUUUGCCGUUGCUGAAAGGACUUCAUGGCAACUUGAGUUUGGAAAGCUCGUCCGAAGUAACAUGUCAAACGGUUGCAGGCUAUUCCUUUGACGACGCGGAGGUGUUUAAUUGGAUCAGUGUGACAUAUCAUUGAAGCUAUAUUAAGGUUUCUUUCUAUGACAGCUGGGGUUGUGUUAAAAAUGAAUAUGGAGAAAGGUUCCAUUAGAACUGUCCUAUAAUGGAGAAACGAUACCAAGGAAAAUGGGCUUAUAUGUUCUUGCCAACUAUUGCUAAGUCUUAAUAAGGGAAGAUGGAGGAUAAAAAACACAAAAGGGAAAGGAUGAAAGAAACACUUUAAAAUAAUUUUAAUCAAUACUUUGAACUAUGGAAUAUGUUUUUUACAUUUUCUCUUGAAGAAGGAUGCCAGGAGUAAACAUAUUGAAAUCACAAAGUUCAUCAUGGAAUAAUACGCGACUAAGGAGCUCUUUUAUGGAUUCUUCUGAAAUAAGUAGUUUUGCAGAUGUGCAUUAUAUACCACGAUUUUAUUUAGAUCGACCAAAAAACCGCUACAGUGACUUUCAAAGUGAAUUUUAUAGUGAAAAUGGAACUUUGUAUAAAAAAGAUCAAGAUAAAUUUUCUAAGAUUGACUCUACAUCAGUUCGACCCCUUACCUGGCAGGAUUUUCCCCAACUAAUUAACAACAAAUUGGCGACAUCAACUACAUUUGACCAGUUUGAAAACCCAACAACGCCCUCGGAUGUUUCAUCUAAUAAGCCGGCUACAUCAAUCAUAUCUAAUCAUUCGCAAAUCGUCCCAAAAUUCCCUAUUUAUUUUACAAACCCUACCACGGGUGCUGUAUAUUCAAUAACUGAAGUGAAAGGACCUAAUGAUGAGAGCCAGAAGGAUCACGCCAAAGUUUUUAGUGAUGGUUCGACUAAAUCAUAUGAUGACUCGAAUGGGAAAUACACAUUGCAGUGCACGAUGGUUGAAACGUCUGCGAAGCCAACGAAAAGGCCUGUGGUUUUCAAGACUCCUAGGCCAGUUCAGGCAACAACAUCAAAGCCGAAAAUUCGAAGGAAACAUAAGAAGAAUGGAGGAAAAAAGCGAACAGCCACAAUAAUUGAAUAUGAAGAUCCUCCACUAGUUGGAGCGUUUGGGGAUGCAAUGGAAAAUGUUUACAAUAAAUUAGAAGACGCCAUGACUGAGAGGGUUACUGUGAAGCCGAAACCAAAAAGAAAUAUUACAAUGGCUUCGACGAAAGUUAAGAAAAGAAUUCGAAACUCUAAACCUACAAACCCAACUCCAACAAGAACUUCACAGAGUGCUGUUUUCUCUAAGCGACGCAAAUUAACGAAACGAAUGGUACCACCAACUGAUCCCAUGCCAAUGUUGAUUUCAACUUCUACAACUAAAGUAGAUACUGAUUCCUCAUACCUCGACGAUGAUUACUAUUUCGACUUGGAUGAAUACUCCUAUGAUGAUGGCUAUUACGAUGGUCCAAAUUCGAGCCCUUCUAAAAAAGUAAAGCGGAAGCAGAAAAGACUUAAAACAGGAGGAGGAGACAAAAAUAUGGAAAGCGAUGAUAGUGUGUCAAAUGAUGGUGUAAUGGACUAUGUCAACGACAUGGUAUCGCCAAUACAAGAUGCCAUUGAUAGUUUAUCGGAAAGAACAGCAAGUGUUUUCGGUACAGACAAUGAAGACAAUUCUGAUGACAUUGCAUCAAAUCCUACUGUACAAUAUACGAUGUAUGACAACGAACCGACUAAAAACGAAUCCACGCCACAGGGAAGUUCUUGGUUCGGUUCUUGGUUCCAUCUUGGAAAUAGUGAAAAUGGUGAGGGAUUAACGACAACCACGACUCCUGAGCCCGGAUGGUUUGAUUACUGGUACGGUGAAGAUGACGAUGAUGGUAAUGAGAAAACUACAAGUACAACAGAAGCCACGUACCAAGAUAAUCAGAAUGGCUCAAGAUGGUUUUUCAAUUGGUUUGGAAGUAACACCGACUCAAUUGCGAGAAAAACAACAUCAACGACAACGAGCACCACUACUACAACUACUACAACAACUACAACUACACCAAAGCCAUUCAUGUCAAUAAUAGAUCCAGUUAAAAAUGCACCAGAGUGGUUUGGAAUGCUGGCCCAGAAUAUAAUCAAUAACAGUUUGACUCAAAAAUCCACCAUUCCAACUGAUUUAGAAUAUGAAACGCCACAUAAACUCUCGUACGAUGGCUACCAGAUAUGGCGACUACAUAUUAAGGAUCAAAGCGAAGUAAAAGCAAUGGACAAAUAUAAAACUUCGGCGGAUGGAGCUAAAUUGCAAUGGUUACAAGGGCCGAGUUUGAGAGGUCCUACCGAUGUACUCGUGCCCGCAAAAUUGGUGACUGAUUUCCAAGGAACCUUGAAUUAUGAAGGAAUAGAUCACGAUAUUUUAAUAUUUGAUUUAGGCAAAGCAAUAACCUAUGAUAUAACGAAGACAGUUUAUGAUAUCUAUAAACCCAAAAAUGCAUUUCCGUUGACUUGGGUGAAAUAUCAUCGAUACGAUGAUAUUAUUCGAUUUUUAGAAUAUAUUCAAAUGAAGCAUCCCCAUUUGGUUGAACUAAUUCAUGUAGGACGUUCGUACGAAGGGCGACCACUUAUAAUUACGAAAAUUUCAAGGAAGGAACAAACUGACAAAUCAUCCAAAAAGAAAAAUAACAAGAAAAAGAAACAACGCAAAAAUUCAAAGGAUAUUUUCAUUGAGGCUGGAGCUCAUGGGAGAGAAUGGAUAGGUCCUGCAACAGCUACCUGGAUUAUUAGAGAAUUGGUUAAGCUACUAAAGAGUAACAGUACCUCGAAUGAUUUAAUCAGAAAAUCGACAUGGUAUAUUUUGCCAGUAUUAAAUCCUGAUGGGUACGAAUAUACCCAUGAAUUUGACCGAUUUUGGCGGAAAUCUCGAUCACGACAUAUUUCUAAACCAUCUGGUAUAAUAAAAUCAGCGAUGGCUUGGCUACAAAAGGAUAAGAUGGACAAGGUGUGCUAUGGCGUCGAUUUAAAUCGUAACUGGGAUUAUAAAUGGAGUCAAAAGGGAAGUUCAAAGUCACCUUGCAAUGAAUUUUACGCAGGACCUAAUGUUUUCUCCGAACCGGAAACUAGAGCAGUUUCGAAAUUUUUAAUGGAUAAUCGGAGAAAUAUCAAGUUAUUUGUUUCGCUGCAUUCAUAUGGGCAGAUCAUUUCAUACCCUAAUAAUGUAAAUGCAUCUUAUGGUGCACUGAAAGAUGACGACAUGAUGGAAGUGGCGCUUAUGGGGAUGGAAGGGUUAAGAAAAUCAGGCAGUAGGGCUAGAUAUAGGUUGAAUGCUGGAAAUGAUAUGAAAGCAACUAGAUCAGGCACUUCAGAUUACUUUGCAAUGUAUGGAGCAGCAAUUCCUUUCAGCUAUUCAAUCGACUUGAGUGACGAUGGAGUGCAUGGUUUUCUGCUGCCGGGCUCUUUUAUUGAAUCUACAGCCAAGGAUGCUUUUGAUAUAAUAAAAUCAAUGGUGGAAUAUAUUUAA